UCCGUAGGAUGUCGUGGCGCUGGUGGAGUACAAGCAGAGGCGAAAGUACAGCGACUCCAAACAGAUAGAUAAGCAGAUUUUUCUGAAACCGAGACUCAACUGCGUUCAACUUGUAUUAAAACCGUACAGCUUAAAGGUUUUUGGGUUUAUAAUGAGGCGUGCAGGUUUGGGUGAAGGGGUCCCUCAGGGAAAUUACGUUGCAAGCGGAUACAGCGUGUACGAGGAGGAGAAUGAACAUCUACAGGAGGGGCUGAGAGAUAAAGUACACGCACUUAAACACCUUUCAAUUGACAUUGGAAAUGAAGUCAAGAACCAGAAUAAGAUGCUGGGAGAUAUGGACUCGGACUUUGACUCAACUGGAGGUCUUUUGGGGUCCACCAUGGGUAGAUUAAAGCUCCUUGCCAGGGGAAGCCAAACCAAGGUGUACUGCUACAUGCUGCUCUUUGCCCUGUUUGUUUUCAUUGUCCUGUACUGGGUGGUUAAACUGAGAUGAUGGCGAGACUGGUGAGAUCCUGGACUUAUGUGGAUCUUUCUUACGUGCAAUGAGGAUGUGAACUUUCACAACGGUGAUGCAGACUGAGAUAUCUGAGGAGAGCCAGAAUGCUUUCCAGUGGACAAGAAACAGAACCACUGAGUAACAAUGAACAACAUUGAGUGUGCAAGACAAGCAGUUUAGGUCUAUCAUAGCCCACUUAAACUAGUACAGGACAAGAAAUCCGUUUUGGUUAUUAAAAACAUGCCUAAUUAUGUAUUUAGCUGUAAUGUCUACUGUUUUAUAGUUGUUUAAGUAGAUUCAUCAUACAUCCAGUAUUUUUCAGUGAUGAACAAGAGUACAGUAAACAGUUUAGU